AGUGUGAUAAAAACUUUUAGUUGAUUUCAUCAAUACAAAAUGCCCAACUGUAUUUCUCAGCUGUCUUUUCUCCCAUCUUAACUCAAACAACAAUCCUCCAUUUCUCAUUUCACCACCUAAAUUCUCUUUUCUCUUUUCUCUUUUCUCUAUCGAAAAACCCUAAAUUCCAUUAACAAUGGCGACAACAGAAGAAGCUUUCAUGGAGGCGGUAGAUGAAGGUCUUAACCUAGCUAAGAGAAUCUACUUCGGACGAGAUAGAUCAGUCGCACCGCCAAAACCAACACCUCCGAUGUCUAAGUGUCCUAAAUUUUAUCUUCCGACUGCGCCGAUGGUUUACGCGGUUGUUUCUGAUCCAGGAAUCGUUGAUAAUCCUGAUAUUCCGAGUUAUCAACCGUAUGUGUAUGGUAGAUGUGAUCCGCCUGCGUUGAUUCCUCUUCAGAUGAAUAAUGUUUCAAUGGAGGUUGAUUGUUUUUUGGAUACGGUUUUUGUUACUGUAUCUGGUCAAUGGCGAGUUCAUUGUAUCAUGGGAAGUAAGUCCUGUGAUUGCCGACUUGCUGUUCCUAUGGGCGAACAGGGUUCAAUUCUAGGUAUUGAAGUUGAUGUUCCUAGAUUUUCAUAUCAUACUGAAAUGGUUGCCGUGGAAGAUAAAAAGGAUGAGGGAGAGGCAUCAGCGACAAGUGAUGAGUUCUUCCUGAAGCCUGAUAUAUUUUUCUUAACAAUUCCACAGGUUGAUGGUGGAACCAAUCUUUCUAUAAAAGCAAGCUGGUCACAGAAGUUGUUGUAUCAUGAUGGUGAAUUCUCUCUGUGUAUACCGUUCUGUUUUCCUGAAUAUGUGACGCCUGCAAGCAAAAAGAUACCAAAAAGGGAGAAGAUACAGCUAAACGUCCAUCCAGGAGAUGGAAGUGAAGUCUUGUGCAAGACUAUCAGUCACCCUUUGAAGGAACAGAAACGGAAAGUAGAAUGUCUGUCAUUUUCAUACGAGUCAGAUGUCCUUGCGUGGUCAAACACAGAUUUUUGCUUCUCAUAUAUAGUUCCUACAAGUCAUAUAUUUGGCAGUGUGCUUUUGCAAUCGCCAUCUAUCGACGAUAAAGAUCGAAGGGAGAUGUUUUGCAUGCAUAUUCUUCCAGCUAACCAUCAAAGAAAACAGGUUUUUUCCAAGAGUAUUAUUUAUGUUGUUGACACCAGUGCUAGCAUGCAAGGAAAGCCUCUGGAGGCUACCAGAAAAUCUUUGUGCAUAGCGCUCUCAGAGCUUGAUCCAGAUGAUUUUUUCAACAUCAUAGCUUUUAAUGGAGAAAUAUUUUCCUUUUCAUCAACUAUGAAGCGCGCUACGCAAGAAUUAAUUGAAAAAGCCACACGGUGGACAGAUGAUACCCUUGUUGUUGGGGGUGGCACAAAAAUUUCUCUCGCUCUUGACAUGGCGAUUGAUAUGUUAUCAGAAGCACAUAACUCGUUACCAAUGAUUAUCCUUAUUACAGAUGGGUCUGUUGACGAUGAGAGACAUAUAUGUAAUACAACUAAGAGUCGUCUUGCUAAUAUGAAGCCUUUAUGUCCACGCAUACAUACCUUUGGAAUUGGUUUAUAUUGUAAUCAUUAUUUUCUAAGAAUGUUGGCAAUGAUUGGGAAAGGGCAUUAUGAUGCUGCCUAUGAAGCAGAUUUGAUAGAGUCUCGUUUACAGAGACUAAUUACAAGAGCUUCAUCUACUGUAUUUGCAAAUAUAACGUUCGACACAUUUGAUGACAUUGAAAGUGUUGAGGUGCAACCAAUGAAUGUUCCAGAUCUCUCAUCAGAAAUUCCAUUAAUAAUAUCAGGAAGAUAUAACGGGAACUUUCCUGACGUCCUCAAAGCAAGAGGAAUUAUCGCUGAUAUGACAAGCUAUGAGAUGGAUUUAAAGGUCUACAACGCUAAGGCCAUACCUCUAGAGAAAAUAUAUGCUAUGCAGCAAAUCACUAUAUACACAUCUCAAUCAUGGCUUUUGGAAGACAAACAACUCGAAACCAAGGUUGCAGACAUGAGCAUCCAACAUGGCAUUAUUUCUGAGUAUACAUCUAUGGCCUUAUUUGUGACCGAGACCAAGAAAGAAGCAGUAGUUUCUAAGCAGAAGAAACCAUCUAGCAAAAGUGGAUCAGAAAAGGAUGAACCAAAAACCUUGAGACUAAAAGUGUUAAGGAAUAUAGGUAAUAUUGGCUUUGGAAACAUAAAGGCAACCGCUGAAAAUAUCGCUCCAGGUUUUCAUGAACCAAAACCACCAGAAGCGGCUGAAAUUAUCGUGAAGGCAGCCAUGGAUUGUUGUUCACAGAUGUGUGGAUACUGCUGUUGUAUGUGCUGUGUACAGGCGUGUUCAAAGGUCAAUAACCAAUGCGCAAUUGUAUUCACUCAGCUUUGCACAGCUCUUGCCUGUUUCGGUUGCCUUGAAUGCUGUACAGCAAUAUGUUGCAGCGGAAGUGACAAUUGAGGAUUCGGUUCAUAGCUGAUAUUUAAAAGCAAUUAUGUUUAUACCUUUUAGGGGCUUGUGUAAUAGGAUUGUCUCUUAACUGUAAAAAGAAAAAUUACUGAUAUUGUUUUCCUCUGCGAGUAAAUAAAAUUGCAUCUUAAAAGUAUA